AUGGCGAACCUGCUGCAGCGUGCGGCGUCCGAGGCGAGCCCGGCGCUUCUGGCGGCGCCGCCGCCGCCCAAGGGCUGCGCAGGCACACUGCGUGGCGUGGACAUCGUGAGCAAGCUGUCCAACGUGUGCAAGUCGCGCUACCAGUGCCCGCCCCUCUCCCCCAGCUACAUCCAGGAGGCCAAGGCCAUCAUCCUCAUGAGAGGCACCAAGGCAGGCAAGCACGACAGCCGCGGCACCUGCCUGCUGCCGGGCAGCGCCCGCCGCACAACCGGCAGCGAGCCGCCCCACUGGUCCGCCCCUGUGUUCAUCAAGGUCACAGUGGGGCAGGUGGGCUUCAUCAUGGGAUUUGAGCAGGUGAGCCACACGGUGCUGGGUGUGGACCAAUCCAUGGUGGUGCUGCAGUCUGAGGUGGAGGACAAGUCCGACGUCAUCGCCGCCUCUUCGGGGUCGGCAGACCUGGUGGGCAUCAGCCACUCGUCUGGCGUCAUGCUGGACUUCUCCCUGUCCGGCGGCUCCAUGAGCGUCAACCAGUCCAAGAUGGAGCAGGCCUACGGCUCUGGGGUGACCGUGGCUGAUGUGGUCAAGGGCGUGGUACCGCCGCCUGCUGAGCUGGCGCCGCUGUACGACAAGCUGGCGGAGCUGGUGGUGGUGAGCGAAUGGUAUGACCCUGAGCGCCGUAUCGGCGCCGAGGCCAGCCUGGCGUCCAUGGGCUAUGGCGCGGCGCCUGCCGCCAUGCACCCGCGCGCCCCGGCUGGCGGAAGGCACGUGACGGCGGCGCCGCUGGGCAACGGACCCACCCCUGCAGCUGUGCUGGGGGGCAGGGCGCCGGCUGCAGCCCAGCCCGCGGGGCCGGCCUCGACCUCGUGGGUGGCGCAGGCCCCAGCUGUGGCGGGGCAGGCCCCGGUUCCUGCCGUGGCGCAAGGAAAGGCCGGUCCUUCCCCGGCGGCACAGACGGUGCGCAUGGUGGUGCAGCGGGAGGUGAAGGAGGCGUCCUCGUCCUGCCCAGCCUUCCUGCUGGGGCUUUUCAAGCGAGGAGCGGGCCCGCCGCCGCAGAUCCCAGCGGCAGACAUAAUCGGCGCCACCGCAAGCGGCUGCGAGCUGGUCAUCUGGCACGCGCCGCUGCAGGGCAAGGCCGCCGCGGCGGCAGAGAAGCCCGCUCGCCGCCUGCGCCGCACGCCGCCGCUGGUGCUGGAGUCAUCGGAGCAGGCGGCGGCGGCGGUGGCGCUGGUACGCGCCGCCUGCUGCGCCUGGGGCAGCGUGUACCGCCCGCCCCGCCUCCUCGUCAUCGUCAACCCAGCCAGCGGCCCCGGCAGGGCGCCCUCAAUAUAUGAGAAGGAGGUGCGUCCGGCACUGGAGGCCGCGGGCUGCCAGCUGGCCAUGCACCUCACCAAAGCGACGGGCCACGCCACAGAGCUGGUGCGGCAGGUGGAACCUGGCAGCGUGGAUGCUGUUGUGGCCAUCGGCGGCGACGGCACCAUGUAUGAGGCGCUGCAGGCAAGCGCAUGGCUGCCCUGUGAGAUCGAGGGCAUGCUGAUGCGGCCAGACUGGGAUGCGAUGAGGCACGCGCCCCUGGCCCAGAUCCCGUGCGGCAGCGGCAACGCGCUGGCGGCCUCGGUGGGGAUGUGGACCGUGCACACCGCUGUGCACGCUGUGGUCAAGGGGCAGCGGCGCGCGCUAGACAUCGCCUCGGGCAAGCUGCCGCCGCGCACCGCAGGCCCUGGCGCCACCCUGGAAUGGGCACGCGCCCACGAGCGCCGCUGCUUCUCCUUCCUGUCCAUCAACUUUGGCCUGAUCACAAACCUGGACAUUGGCACGGAGCACCUGAGGUGGAUGGGCGGCACCCGGUUUGUGGUGGGCGCCCUGCAGCAGAUCAUGCUCAAGCGGACCCAUGCUGCACGGGUGGCCGUGCUGGCACCCGACAGCAGCGACGGCGUGGCAGCGGACGGCGGCGCCCUCGACGGCAGCGGCGCAGCAGGCGCGGACGGCGUCCAGAACGGCAGCCAUGCGGCGCAUGCAGGCCUGCGUGCGGCGGCGGCGCUGUCGGGGCCCCCGGUGCAGCACCUGGAUGCCUUCCUGCAGCUGGCAGGCAAGGGCCGGGCUGCUUGCAUGUUGCUGCCAAACCGCCAGGUCGGGUGCGACCGAUGGGUGGUGGGCUGCCAGCAGCUGCCGCCAGGAUGGCAGUGGCUCCCCGACCCACGUGUGGCACUGUUCACCGCCACCAACCUGCCCCGCUUGGAUAUGAACUUUCACCUGGCUCCUAUGGCCGCCCCAGACACAGGCUGCUUUGAUUUGGUCUACACGGCGCCAGGCAGCCGGCGGGAGGGCCUGCAGUUCAUGACUGCCAGCGAGAAGGGUCAGCACAUGGGCCUGCCCACGGUGCGGCACCGCCGCGUGGCUGCCAUGGCGCUUGAGCCCCAGAGCACAGGGACGUGGCUGGUGGUGGACGGGGAGGUGGUGCCCUUCUCCCCACUCUUUAUGGAGGUGCAUCCCAGCCUCUGCAGCGCGCUGGUGGUGCCAGCGGUGCGGUGA